GCCAGUGAGACGUUCGAGUGCGAGAGAGACAGCUGCAAUAAGUGAAUCCAUUAUCGUCCCGAAACUGUUGACUUGUUCGGAAAAGUGAAUUAUUUAAACUCUUUUUUUACUAGUAGUCUAAGAGUGGGAUUCAAUUAAAUUUAUUGUAAUCAACCGCACGAAGUGAAAAAAAAAAAAUAUUGACGUCGACUCUUUCAAAGUUUUUCAUUGUUUCUAUCUUUGUAAAUACGUGACGAUUCGGUGUGUUCUUUUUUAAACGAAUUCAAUGAAACAUGUGAAAAUCCAGCUUUCAAAUUAGCCCUCAACAAAUUAUCACCUAUAACCCACUAAUUAACCUCGUUCUCGUCAGUUGUUUGAACAGGCAGAAGCCUCAGUCAUAAAACUCGCGGGCGGCUCUCCGCGCCUUAUUUUUACGCUUUCAUAACACUACGUGUGCUUCGAUCGUUCAAAACAUACACGACGUCGUACAGUUUAAUACACUUCGAGAUCGACGUACGAGAUAUCAACACGCGGCGCGACAUUUAUGAGAUUGUAAAAAAAUCUAAUAAGCGCCUUAAUUCCGAGUUUUCGUGACGCGAUUUAUCGUUUGUUCGUAAUGGGAUAGCUUGUGACAUUUGGGAAGGAAAAUACGUGUUAAGGGUCAUGAAAGAUGCACGGGAUAAGACGAGUGCUAAUCUUUUGUGCUUUGAUAGCACUGUUGCCUAUAACUCUUCUGGGAAUACCGCUGUAUCUCAGACACAAUUUAUAUGCCGAUGCUACUUAUGCUGUAACGGAAUCCGACAUACUGGAAAUGAGCAAUGGCAUUUCAACUGUUUUUUGUUCGGCUCAUACUCUCAAGAUGAAUAGCACAUUUAAUGCCUUCCAAAUGGACCACAAACCAGAAAUAGCGACGCGCAGAAAACUCAUAAGACUGAAGAAGAGCAUGAUUUUACCUGACGAUACAUUGGAAUAUUGGGGAUUUUAUUUGCUGCGAGGAGCGACCGUAGUGCUCAGCGUUUGUUCGAGAUUUCCCGGAGCCUCGAUCCUCGUAGUGAAAGGUGAUCGAAAGUUCAGUACCUGCGGCAUGUUGGACCACAAUAAGAACAAAGCCCACACCACAAUGGGCAUGUAUUUACCGGAGGCUAACGAGCAGGUGAAAAUAACGUUCGAGUCGAAUGCCCAGUUAAUUGAUUUCGAAGAGCCGACGAAAACGAUAACGCGUCCGAAAGAGCCGUUACCGAAGAGGCCGCGAGGCAAACCCAGGAAGCACAAAGAGCGAAAAAUACCGGAGAAUAAAAGGAGUGACGUCGGUGUCGAAGAGUUGGAAGAACUGGAGAAAAUCGCCCGCGUCUAUUUGACGAAGCACGUGAACGACAGUGACGCGCUUCAUCAGCCGGGGGGGAAAAAUUCAACGAGGAAAUUGAGACACGUGAAAAAGCACACCCGUCACAGGAAACACCGCGAGAAAAAUCACGAGAGAAAAGCGAGGGCCGAAGACACGCACCCGGAACACGAUGCGGAAGGAUGGAAAAAUAUAAAUCUUCGAUCUCUCCAGACGCCCCCCGAUCGAAAGAGAAAUCCUCCGAGAGUAGACAGAUUAAAAUCUCUCAGGGAAGAACUAAGAGAAGUCGGGGAUGAUCGAGCUCAAGAGAGCGAAGAAAUCGAGCUCGAAACUCCGAGCCACCGACGACUCAAGAGAAAUCAAGAGCCCGCCGGACUUCCUGCUCUCCUCGAUCACGGCAUCCAACACGGUGGCAACGCACUCAGAAACUCCUCCGACGAAUCUUCCGUUUCUAGCUUCGAAGAAGGAUUGUUGGAUUGUUACGAUGGCCAAGUACUCGUCAAACGAGAAUUUCCCCCCUCCGAACUUUGCACCAACGUCACUUAUCUCGUCAACGGUCAACACAUGCAAUCCCAUCAUGACGUCACCGAAGACGGUUAUUAUUAUUAUAUUUUUUACAGCGACAACGACAUCGUGUUCAACGAUAUACACGCAGUUUUUGAUAUUCACAAACCAACAUUCCAAUACGAGAAAGUCACUAAUUCUUGCCUCAACAAAACCGAGUGCACAUUCCCCUUGCCCAUUUUCUCGAGCGAUCGAGUCAUCGUCGAAGUCCCGACCAGAGACGGUAUCGAUCACGAAGAAGACGAUAUUUCGCUUCUCGUCUCGGUUUGCCACCCGAGAAUGGGGGUUUACGUCUUUUUCCCCAUUGCUCUUCUUUUCCUCAUUAUCAGUUGCGCCUUCAUGUGAAAAACGUGCCUCAAGCUGACUGUGAGUUUUGAAGCAAGUAUUUUUUGACUACGAAAUUACGGGAAUUUUAACUCUUGAACUGCAACGCACGAGGUUUCCGACGAACAUGAAUCAUAAAAACAAAACAUCGCUCGAUGAACAAACCUCACUUGUGCGAUGAGCUAUUUUACCGGCGUCAACGGUUUUCGUGAGCUUUUUUAUGAUUACCUUGAAUAUUAACACACUUCGAACAAACUUUCACUUUUGCUUUAUUUCUACGAAUCGACGAUUAUUACAAAUAACAAAGAAACUCAAUUUGGUUGAAAAAUCAAAGUGUAAAUAAUACGAGAAGUUUUUUAGGACUUGGAGGUAAAUUGUAAACGUUACGAAUAAGUCUUGAGAAUCCGUAAAAUGUGUAUAUUUCAAUCGAACGUAAUAUUUAGGAUAUAUUUUUGUUAUAAGACGAAUAUGUACAAAAACGAAGAAAGCUUUGCAAUAUUUUUGAAAAUAUUUCAAAAACGAGAAAGUAAUAAAUUAUAAAAAUGACAGUA